AUGGUUGCCGCACUACGUCUUUUUGCUGUUGCAGCUCUUGCAGCAGCUACAUCCGCAUCGCCAGCAGCGGUUCCUGUCGAUUCAUCCGUGCAGUCCCUCGAGCAACGCGCCGGUGACGGAGGCAACGUAGCACUCGCAGGUGCACAACUCGUAAAGGAAAUUCUGAAGGCAAUUGGUGUCUUUACCGAUGACGAGAAGAAGAACGCUUGGGACUUCAAAUCCAAUAAGGACAUGUGCGAAGUCUUCAUGAAGACAGUGGACGGCGGGAAGUGUACAAUCUCAGUUGAAUGCAAGGACGGGGGCAAGACAGAGUACUACCCAAACAAGGCGGACUACAAGAACUGCUUCGUCGGAGGUACUGAGACCAUCAAGGAUCCCAGAAUUGGAGAAUUCAGUCUCACCUACACCAAGCGAGAUGGUGCCGAGGGCCAGGGCUUGACGGAGCCCGUGCUCAAGGUGAAGAACGUCGGCAACUGGAAGGAAUGGAAAGUCACAGAUAUGGCCAGGGCCAAGGACAAGGCGGACCUCUGCGAGAAGGGUAUCGCACCGCUGAACUGUCAUAGGGGUCCGUGGCUCUGCCGCUGGGUCCAUGGCGGAAACACCCCUAUCACUCAAGACCGCUCCAAGCGCUGGAGCUGCGGUGUUCCCAAGGUCGGAGCCACUUUCCCAGAUGGUACCAACUGGGACAAGAUGUGGCAGCACUAA